CCACGCCAAAACAAAAAGUUCAAUUUUUGACCAGUGCCAGAUCAACUAACUACAUAAUACCCUGGAAUUAAGUUUCUAAAUCAAACAACCAGUGAUGGACCCAGCAUCCCGCGAUUAUGACUGGCAAGACAAGAAUACCUUUAUUGCCGAACAACAAGGCCCAAGUUUAGACGGAGCGGAGGAUAUUCAACAAGCGACGCAGAUUGAGACUGUGAACGACAGAGACGCCGUUAACAGUCGAUCCAAUAGUGACCGCCGUGAUUCCAAAAGUGAUAAGCAAAGUCAUACAAGAAGGUCAAGCAGUGAUAAGCGGCGCUCAAGACGUGACUCCAGGUCUCCCGAAAGAGACCAUCAUUCUCAUCGACGAUCGAAGCACCGUCGUCGAUCAUCUCCCGACGACAACCAUCAUGUAAAACUUUUUUAUCGUAUGACACCGCUUAUAUCGCAUAACUAACCGUCCUGCUAUAGCACUCGAAGCGGCGAAAUAGCGAAAUAUCAUCCACAUCAUCAUCGUCUUCACACCAUCGAAAGAACAAGAAGCACCAGCAUCAUAGUCAUCACCAUCACCAUCAUACACGCCAUUCACACU